AUUUAAUUCAAAGCUAUCACAAGCCCAAGGAACAGGGUAUCUUUGCCAUCCACGGUUCAUGCGAAUUGCAAAAGGACAAAACACAACAAAAAAAAAUCCACAAAAGUUGGUAGCAGCUUCCUUCCUUCUUCAAAUGCGACGAAGUUUCUACUUUCAAAAUUCCCAACCUCUCUUCGUUCUCUCCGUACAUCAACGCCGUUUCUGGCUCCUUUAAUCCCCAAAUUUCAUCAUUUAUCUUUCAGCGCUUCUUUGCCUUCCUUUGAAUCCAAGCCUUGCCAAUAAAACCAUUACAGUGAUUAUCCCUGAUGGGUUUUUCUCGUCGAUCAUAAUCAUAUCUGGGUUUGUUAAAAAGGUUUUUCCUUUCCACGUGUCUCCUUACUUGUCGAUCCUGAGCUCCGUAGCUUGAACACUGUGUUACUGUGAAGUUUUAUUUUUAUUUGCCGUUGGAUCAAUUCAGCUUAAGGCAUAACUGGAUCACAUGAAAAUGAUGCCUUCAUCUCCCAAUGAAGAACAAUUUGACGUAGAAAAUUCCAAGUUGGACAAAGACAAAGAAAGAACUCCAAGAACUGCGAGGGUAGUAAAAGUCCACAAUCAGGCCUUAUUGUCUGGACUUGCAUAUUGUUUUUCCUCCUGUGGCAUGAUAUUGGUUAACAAGUUUGUACUUUCCAGCUAUGAUUUCAAUGCCGGGAUAUCCUUGAUGUUGUACCAGAAUUUGAUUUCAGUUGUUAUUGUUUCUGUGUUGAGUAUUAUGGGUUUAGUUUCAACCGAGCCGCUGACAUGGAGAUUGAUUAAGGUCUGGUUGCCUGUGAAUGUUAUAUUUGUCGGAAUGCUCGUCACAAGUAUGUUUAGUUUGAGAUACAUUAAUGUAGCCAUGGUGACAGUCCUGAAAAAUGUUACUAAUGUCAUAACUGCCCUUGGUGAAAUGUACUUGUUCAAGAAGCACCACGAUGGCAAAGUCUGGGCAGCUCUAUUUCUAAUGAUCAUUUCAGCAAUAACUGGAGGAAUUACUGAUCUCUCUUUUAAUGCAAUUGGCUAUGCUUGGCAGACACUAAACUGCUUCUUAACGGCAUCAUAUUCUCUGACUCUCCGUAGGGUCAUGGAUACAGCAAAGCAAGUUACGAAAUCCGGAAAUUUAAAUGAGUUUUCAAUGGUCUUGUUGAACAACACCCUUUCUUUGCCUUUGGGAUUUUUCCUGAUUGUUGUUUUCAAUGAGGUGGAUUAUCUCUUAAGAACGCCACUUCUGAGAUUGCCUAGCUUUUGGUUGGUGAUGACCUUUAGUGGAAUUUUGGGUCUAGCAAUCAGCUUUACAUCCAUGUGGUUUCUUCAUCAGACUGGAGCUACAACUUACAGUCUCGUAGGUUCGCUGAACAAGAUACCACUUUCAGUUGCUGGCAUCCUUCUGUUCAAAGUCCCUACUAGUUUGGAGAACUCUGCUAGCAUUUUUUUUGGUCUUCUGGCAGGAGUAUUUUUUGCUAGAGCCAAAAUCCGAGAGAGAUCUCAAUCCUAAAGAAUAGUAAAUGCUUACGUGAUAAUUAAUGUUCACACAAGAAGGAAUUAUUCCCAUCUGAGAAAUUUGAUUUCUUGGUUAAGUUGGAGAUGCACUUGAAGCCUGUGUGGUGUUGUCAGAGAUGGCAUCAGCUAAAUUGGGGAUGUUUCAGAUUCCUUCUCCAAGGGACAGUUUUUGGAUCUUUUGAGGAAGGCUCUGCUUGUAUUGAUUGCAUUGGCUCACAUUGGAAGCAAAAUUUGCCACUGAUUUGUAUCAUUGUCACUUCAUUAUUCCAAUGUAUCAUCAUAUUAUGAUUUCUUUGAUAUGAACAAUAACAUUGAAAUGAGAAAAAAAGAGAGUUGAUCUUGCCUUUGGGGCAAGGGUAAUA